CGGUGUAUUACACACCUUUUUGUUGUGAUCGAACGCUCGACAAUGCCAGGUGAAAUAGCAAAUCCGUUUUUCGCGCCGGGAGCCUCACAAGUGCUCUAGAAACUACUUCCUACUACGUCAACAGAAAAUCGCUAUUUUAUCAUCGGGAAAUUUAUUAUUAUCGCAUCACAUUUUUUUCGUAAUUUUCUAUUCGAUAUGAUAACAGCGCCUUGUCUGAUAAAUCCACCGGACGCUGCUCACGUUAAUAAUGGACUAGAGAAAGGCGUGAUAAAUUGUGGUGAACGUUGGGCGACAUGAAAUUUCGUCGACGUGGAUAAAAUUGCGUGUGAAAAAUACUCUUGGAUUACAUUUUUCGUGAGAGGUUGGCAGUUUUGUUUGAUCAUUGAGAAAUUACUGAAGGGAUAUUGUAAAAAAUGCCGUUGUUUAAACCAAAGAGCUCGUCCUCUCACUCAUCCUCCCCUCCGGAUAAAAUGAAUAACGGAGCUCACCAUCGCGAGGGUCACGACACCGUGAGCAACAGUAGUUCACAGAUGAACAGUACCAAUGGCAAUGGUAAACGGGACAGGUACAGUCCUCAGAAUCGCGUACCCGAGGCUGAGACUGAGGAGAGUAAAGCGCAACUUGUGUUUCGAUGUCAAUUGGCCCACGGCAGUCCAACGGGCUUGAUUUCUGGCUUCAGUAACGUUCGUGAGUUGUAUCAGAGAAUCGCCGAGUGCCACGAUUUACCUGCCAGUGAGAUAUUAUUUUGCACGUUGAAUACACACAAAGCUGAGAUGUCGGAGCUACUGGGGGGACAAAUUGGCCUCGAGGACUUUAUAUUUGCUCAUCGAAAAGGAAGACCAAAGGAAAUAGAAUUAAUAAAGACCGAGGACGCCCUGGGCCUCACGAUAACCGACAACGGUGCUGGUUACGCCUUCAUAAAAAGGAUAAAGGAAGGAUCAGUGAUCGAUAAAAUAAAAAUAAUCCAAGUGGGCGAUCACAUAGAGAAAAUCAACGAGGAGAGUCUCGUAGGAAGACGGCAUUUCGAAGUCGCGAAGAUGUUGAAGGAAAUUCCGAAGGGUGCAAUGUUCACUCUGAGACUGAUUGAGCCCCAGAAGAGCGGCUUUGGGAGCAUUGGACCGCGCUCUGACCCCAGGAAAGGAAAGAAACCUGGAUAUGGGACUGGCAAAGAGACUUUGAGAUUCAAAGCAGAUGGAAGUGCCCAUAUUCAACCUGUCGAUGAUGCAGCGACAGUUGGGGUGGAGAAAAUCAAUGACAUCCUUGAGACUUUCAUGGGAAUAAACGACAAUGAAUUAGCAACACGAAUAUGGGAGUUGGCCGAGGGAAAAUCAAACAGCAUGGAUUUUGCCGAAGCCAUUGAUGACUCUGAUCUCGAGGCCUUUGGUUUCACCGACGACUUUGUCAUUGAACUUUGGGGGGCAAUAACAGACGCAAGAAGUGGACGUCUUCGAUGAAAUCGGGAUAAACAAACUCCAUUUAAUUAAGUUGAACAAUUGAAUCGUUUCGAUUUCUAGUUUUACUCGGUAGAAACAACUGCCAUCGAUAAAAGUAUUCUGUUGGCCUCGUCUUCGAUGAGAAUAAUUACACUGUAUUUUUUUAAUUAAUUUAAUAAGGUAAGGUAUUUUUAAUGAGAAUGGAUUGACAUGUGGAUCAAAGUUGUACCUAAUUAUUAGCAUUAUUGAGCAUAAAGUUUAUUAAGUUGGAGAAGAAACAUUUUAAUUAGUGGAUAGCAGACAAUUUUUAAUUGAUGUUGAAUAAAAUUGAUUGAAAAAUUA